UGAAAUGUACCUAUAAAUAUCGUAAUGAGUCACCGACAUGUCCUGAAGCACUAGCCGAUAAGAACUAUUUCUUAAAGAAAGAUCAAUCAGGGAAAGUCUCACUUGAUAUUAAGCAUAAAUAUCAUGCUCAGGUUCAGGCGCAAUUGUCUAUAUGCGAACGUCCAUAUUGUGAUUUUAUUUGUUGGACAACUGAAGGUAUUUUUGUACAACGCAUUGCAAAGGACGAAGAUUUUCUAAGCAAACACUUACCACAGCUAAAACGAUAUUUUAUUGAGUAUUUACUUCCAGAGAUACUUACACAUAGACUUCUGGUUUCUUCUGAAGAGCCUUGUAGUGCAAGCAUAAAUGAUGUAUAUUGCUUAUGUAGGAAAGAGGAAUAUGGAGAAAUGAUAGCCUGUGACAAUAGUUCCUGUACAGUUGAAUGGUUUCACAUGGACUGUGUUAAACUUAAUAAAGCUCCAAAAGGAAAAUGGUUUUGUCCCACUUGUCGUAAGAAAUGA